AUGCUGCCUUGGAUCUUCAGCCGGAAGGGCGCCUCGGGCUUCUCCUGGGCCUCCACCGUCGACCACGUCACCGCCGGCAUCUCCGCGUCCGGCCUCACCACAAUAGUCACGGGUGCAUCGAGCGGGAUCGGCGCGGAGACGGCGCGGGUGCUGGCGGCGCGCAGGGCCCAUGUCGUCAUGGCCGUCCGCAACCUCGCCGCCGCAGAGGACGUGCGCCAGGCCGUCCUCGCCGAGUCCCCCGCCGCCAGCCUCGACCUCAUGGAGCUGGACCUCUCCUCCCUCGCCUCCGUCCGCAAGUUCGACGGCGACUUCGACGCCACCGGCCUCCCCCUCAACAUCCUCGUGUAA